UAAGAAAAACAGGAAGAGCAGGCCUCCUGCUACUACACAAGUAGUAGAUGAAGUAGCAUGACGCGCUCCUGGUCUUCAACGCUCAAACUGCCCCGCUCGUCUUUUCCAGCACGCGUGUCAGCCGCGGAUCGAUCGAAAUAUCUCCAACGAUGCACCGACGAGCUUUACGCCUGGCAACGCAAAACGCGACCUGCCAGUAAUGAAUUCAUUCUACACGACGGACCGCCUUACGCAAACGGUAGCCUGCACGUCGGCCAUGCGCUUAAUAAAGUCACAAAGGACAUCAUAAAUCGCACUCAACUGAGUCGCGGAAAGCGUGUGCAUUAUGUGCCGGGCUGGGACUGCCAUGGCCUACCAAUCGAGCUCAAGGCUCUACAAUCACAAAAAGAGCUCGGAAACGACCUCACAAAUGCCUCCAGCUCCGCCGCCGUAAUCCGAAAAGCUGCGCGAGAGCUCGCUGAAAAGACGGUACAGGAGCAAAUGAAAGGGUUUCGAGAAUGGGGGAUCAUGGCGGAUUGGGAGGGUCAUUGGAAAACGCUGGAUAAGAAGUUUGAGAUGAACCAAUUGGCAGUUUUUAGGGAGAUGGUGGAUAGAGGACUUAUAUAUCGCCGGUUUAAACCUGUCUAUUGGUCGCCUUCGACAAGGACGGCGUUGGCGGAGGCCGAGUUAGAAUAUAAGGAUGAUCAUGUCUCGACGGCGGCGAUUGUGAGGUUUCCGUUGGUUGAGUUGCCUGAACAGCUGAGGAAUAAUCCUUUGAUUGACGCGUCGAGGUUGAGCGCGGUUAUAUGGACAACUACACCGUGGACUCUACCUGCGAAUGCGGCGAUUGCAGUCAGCGAGUCGCUAGAUUAUAUUAUUGUUCAGUCUAAAGAGCACGGGCAGCUGUUAAUCGCCAGGUCGAGGCUGGAAUAUCUUCAGGAAAUGUUGGAUGAGGAUCUUGCGGUCGUUGUGCCUUCUAUUUCGGGUUCUGAGCUAUGUCGUCGAACCACAUACCGACCGAUAUUCAAGCGAGAUGGCGUCGAGGAACAGCCUUUCAUUGCAGCUGAUUUUGUCACCGCCGAUUCAGGCUCGGGGCUCGUUCACUGCGCCCCUGGACAUGGUAUGGAUGAUUAUGAAGUUUGUUUAAAGAACGGCAUACAGGCGUUUGCCCCGGUUAAUGACGAGGGCCGGUUCACAGACAAAGCCAUGCCCAGCGACCUAGGCUUACUCAGUAACAAAGAUGUGUUGAAAGAGGGGAAUUCUGCAGUUUUGCAGUAUGUUGACACCCUCCACCAGCUUCUAACCAGCCAUCAAUACCAACACAAAUACCCGUACGACUGGCGAUCGAAGCGACCGGUCAUUAUACGUGCUACUGAGCAGUGGUUCGCAGACGUUGCCGAUAUCCGAGAUGCUGCUGUGGCAUCCCUAGCUGAUGUGAAGUUUGUUCCACCUUCUGGAAAACAGCGAUUGGUAAAUUUUGUGAAAAAUCGCACCGAGUGGUGUAUCUCUCGCCAGCGGGCUUGGGGCGUUCCUAUACCAGCUUUGUACGACCAAGCCACCGGCGAAGCGAUUUUGACGAAAGAAAGUGUCUCGCAUGUAAUGAACGUCAUCGAAGACCGUGGUAUUGAUGCAUGGUGGACGGACAGUCCGGAUGAUGUUGCAUGGAUUCCUGCAUCUCUCCGAGAAAAGAGUUCCUCGCGGUAUCGCCGCGGCACGGAUACAAUGGAUGUCUGGUUCGAUAGCGGGACCAGUUGGACGCAGGUAGAUCAAUGCUCCUCUGAACGCGAUCGUCCAGCGGAUAUCUACUUUGAAGGUACAGACCAACACCGUGGCUGGUUCCAAUCCGGUCUUCUCACCUACGUCGCCCACCAGCUUGCAGCCGGCAUUACUACAAUAACCGCGCCAUUCAAAUACCUGAUCACUCAUGGCUUUACUCUAGACCAGCAUGCACGCAAGAUGAGCAAAUCUAUUGGCAAUGUCAUGCACCCAGAUGCCAUCAUGGACGGCACACUUCUCCCCCCCUUGAAGCCGAAAAAGGUCAAAGGCGCGAAGAAACAAACACAGCCUGCCGGGCCUGUAUAUGAUGCUCUCGGCCCCGAUGCACUCCGGCUAUGGGCUGCCAGCAGUGACUACACCCGCGACGUUGUCAUUGGCCAGCAAGUCCUUCAAACCGUCAACACAAGCCUACACAAAUACCGCGUCACAUUCAAGCUCUUGCUCGGAGCCCUAGAUGACUUCGAUCCUACUCUAAACACUAACCCCUACGCAUCUCUCCGCAAGAUAGACCGCCAAGCCUUGCUACAGCUAUCAGAACUAGUCCACGCGUGCCGUGGUGCCUCCGACAACUUCGAGUUCUACAAGGCCGUCAACGCUCUAAACCGCUGGGCCAAUCUAGACUUUUCUGCAUUCUACAUGGAGACCGUCAAAGACCGGCUGUAUACAGACGCCGAAAACAGCUUGAGUCGACGCGCAGCGCAGACGACGCUCUUCCACAUUUACACGUUUCUGCAGGAACUCCUCGCGCCAAUUACUCCUCUCCUGGUUGAAGAGUCAUGGGAACACGCUUCCGACAAAAUCAAGAGCCAUAUUGAGCACCCACUACGCCGAGUCGCUCGCUUCCCGCCUGCUGAAUGGUUCGAUGAAGCGCUCAGCCAGGAUUUCCCGGACCUGAUGGCAGGCAACACGGCACUCAAAGCGCUUCAAGAAUCAGCGCGGGUCAAGAAGCAGAUGGGGUCGUCGCUGCAGUCCUUUGUGCAUAUCGAAUUGCCCGACGACGCCUCUUUGUCGACUUUCCAGCGCUAUCUAGAUGAAUUGCCUGAUCUGUUCGUCGUAUCCUCUGUUACCCUGGGUAUGAAGGGUGGCGGGGAAACGCAGGUGCGCGAUCGCAUUGAAGCUGCGGAGUGGAGCUAUGUUGCGGACUUUGAGCUGCCGAGUAGCCAGGAAAAGGCAACUGUGCAUGUGUAUGCGCCACUGGAUGCGAAGUGUCCGCGAUGCUGGCGGUAUGCGGUGCCUGAGGAUGCAGAGGAAGACGCAUUGUGUGUGCGCUGCCAUGACGUCACGGAACAGCUUGACCUCAAUUGAUUGUACUAUAAUUAUAUUACUGUUUGUUGCACUCUACUCGGCCUGUAUAUUUUGUAUAAUAGCUGUAACUGUAUCUAGACAUGAUAAAUAGACAGUUUUCAAGGUUGUAUAUAUAUAAUAUAUAUACUUCAUACAUAUAGUAUAUGAAAUACAACAGAAGCCUUCCCCGCACGCCGAUCUCAAAGGACGAUCCCUAGGCAAUAUUGAAAAUCUGUCAAAUCAUCAAUUACAUAGUUCCAUUUCUAAAUUCAAUAUCGAAACAGGUUCUAUGCUUGUAUCAAUUCAAAGGUCAUGCACCACCCGAUUGGACCGCUU